CAAACGGACGGCCGCGCCAUUCGCCGUCCUCGGCGGAAUUUUCGUACGUUCUCCGGGAACAGUCGGAAUCGCGGAGUGUCUUCUGCGGAGAAUUGAAGUUCAGAUGGCGUUGGAGACGGCGGGGACGAAGCCUCGAGGCGGUGGUAGGCUCUGUACAGUCUGUAAUGAAAGACGCGCGGCUCUGAAACGUCCUAAAACCCUGGAGCAAAUAUGCAAGGAGUGUUUUUAUGCAGUUUUCGAAGACGAAGUUCAUUCAGCUAUAGUUGAUAAUAAUCUUUUCAAUCCUGGCGAACGCGUCGCUAUUGGAGCAUCCGGAGGAAAAGAUUCCACGGUGCUUGCUUAUGUCUUAUCGGAAUUGAAUCGAAGACAUAAUUAUGGCUUAGAUCUUUUCCUGCUUUCUGUUGACGAAGGCAUCACUGGUUACAGAGACGACUCGCUUGAAACUGUCAAGAGAAAUGAAGUUCAGUAUGGACUUCCUCUCAAAGUUGUUUCAUACAAAGAAUUAUAUGGAUGGACAAUGGAUGAGAUUGUGAAGCUUAUAGGGUUGAAGAAUAACUGUACCUUUUGUGGUGUUUUUCGGCGUCAGGCCCUUGAUCGUGGUGCUGCACUUUUAAAAGUAGACAAGCUAGUGACGGGGCAUAAUGCAGAUGAUAUCGCCGAAACAGUCCUCUUAAAUAUAUUAAGAGGUGAUAUAGCAAGGCUGAGCAGAUGUACCUCUAUUACAACUGGUGAAGAUGGACCUAUUCCAAGAUGCAAGCCUUUCAAGUACACCUAUGAGAAGGAAAUUGUGAUGUAUGCAUACUUCAAACGAUUGGAUUACUUCUCUACUGAGUGCAUUUAUUCUCCAAAUGCUUAUAGAGGCUUUGUUCGGGAAUUUAUUAAAGAUUUGGAGAGGAUGAGGCCAAGAGCUAUACUCGACAUUAUAAAAUCAGGGGAGGACUUUAGGAUUUCUGCUUCCACAAAAAUGCCAGAGCAGGGAAACUGUGAAAAAUGUGGUUACAUUUCCAGCCAGAAAUGGUGUAAAGCAUGUGUUUUACUUGAGGGACUUAACCGUGGUUUACCUAAGAUGGGCAUUGGGCGGAGCAGAGGUUACGACGCCGAACGCAGUAGGGACACUAAAGAAACUAAUGGAACAAAGACAUUGCAGAGCAAGCAGUGUGGAACACUCGAUUUCUAAUCUAUGACAAUCUCACUCCAUUGCCUUCAUUGGUAGUAUGAAAGGAUUGAAUCCUGCCACAUAGGACAACUCACCAUUUUAUUACAUACUGCCACUUUGUUUUGGCCUGCUUAUUAAAUAGAUUUGUAGGUCAAUUUGAAAUAUAUUCUUAUACCAGUUACCAAAAUAUAUAUACAUUUUCAUGCUCUAUAAUAUAAAAGUACUUGUA